AUGCACGGAAUCUCGCGACAGCAGACACUGACGACGGGUAGACCAGUCCCAUUCGAUGAAUCCUCCAAUCCAGGCACUCUUGUUCUACCAGCCGUUUACACAAACAGAGGGAAGCUUCAUCGACUUGGCUUCGACUAUGGUGUUAAGUCAUACCUACACGUCCAGCUAGACGUUUCCAGACUGAAUGAGAUCCACAACCACCUUUGGAUGGUUGGCAAGCCGAUGCCUGGGCGACCUCUACAUCAACAUCACGUUUACGGCCGGAAGAUUGUAUGUGCUGAGCAAGCGGACCUUCACCUGCUCUGGGAUGACUACCGGCUGUUUGUUAAGCCAUGUCCAGAUUAUUUACUGUCAUUUGACUUUUGGAAGCGUUAUCUGUGUUGUGGCGACGAUAGCCUAUGGACAACUGCUGCCGGUAUGGUCCAGUCCUAUACAUGGCUGAUUCAGGACAAGUCCGACUGGAAGGUUGCACAGGCAGAGGGAGUCCUUUCAGAGUCCAUCACUUGGGAGCGCUGGACAGCCUUCGUCUCUUCCUUCACAGAUCAUCUUGAAGCAUCAGAUCUCGAUGUCAAUCCACGUUUCAAAUAUGGCAACCUCCGGCUCCCUCGGAUUCAAUGGAUAUGGCGUUUUUGCUCUCAUACUGGAGGUGUACACGCCUUCGUCAAUGGAUAUUUGAAUCCUUACUCUAGUUACCGUCACUUCUUCAAGCAGAUGGUAGCACCUAUAACGGUCGCAACCGUCUAUUUUGCGCUCAUCUUGGCCGCGAUGCAAGUCGGGCUGGCCACAACGAUGUUGCAAGACAACGAUGCAUUCCAGAGCGCGUCGAUGUGCUUUACUGUGUUGGCUAUUGUUGGACCGAUCGCGGCGGUUGCGGUGCUGGUAGCUGGGGUAAUGGGCUAUGUUUUCAUGUGGAACCUUUGUCAUGCGGACCAGUAA